AUGACUUUGCGCGCCAACCAUCUGUACUGCAAUGGCCCCGAAGUACAAGGCGCAUUCGGCGUGGACACGCUUCCUCUCACCACUGUUGCCCACAUCAUCUCAUACCUGGACGACGAUGUCGCCUCCCUUGCGCGGCUUUGUCGCACCUCACGCGUCCUUUGGUACAUGACACUACCGCAUCUGUGGAAAAAUGUCACUCUGAAAUCAUACAGCACUAUCCGCUACAAGGACGAGGUGCCUGAGGGGUUUGGCAGCGCAAGUCCUUUCUCCAUGGGUCUGAAUGCCUUGGUGACGAGAAACGUGUCGAGCUUGGUCCGCUCACUGAGCUUGGAUGGAGAAUACAGUGCAUCCGAUCUACACGAAUAUUCAAGAGCUGGUCGCGUUUCGGAGAGUAUUAUGGUGCUGAACAUCGCCUUGCGGGCUGCCAUCGACCAAUGUGCCUAUCUGGAGCGCUUUCGGUGGGAUUUGGAUGUCAGAUUACAACCGAACAUGUACGCUGGACUAGCGAAGCUCUCUCGAUUGGAGAAACUUUGGCUUCGCUUCCCUACAAACCGCUCUCCUCAGCCAUCGCACGAAAUCCCAGCUUUGCCCAAUCUCAAGUCCCUAACAAUAACACAUUACGAUCCUCUAUGUUUUCCCGACGACAUCUCUACCCUGCUCCUCCACGCGACAUGCCUCUCGAGCCUUAUCUUGCACUUCUCCCCCCGGAUGCGCGAACAAGGCGAACCGUCUGUGGUGCUCACGCACUUCUUCCGGAAAAAUGUUGCAGCAAAACGGAGACUUCGGUUGCGCAAAAUGGGCGUGUACAACCUUCUCGCUAACGCUGAUACAUCGGAGUGCUUGGCUGCCUUUGAGACCAGCACCAUCGAGGAUGUGACUGUGUUGAAUACGUUUGGGUUGGACGAGGAUGUUGCUGCAUCGGGGAGGGAAAGCUCAACCCAUUUUAUCGACCGCACAUGGCAUAUGAUGGUGAACACGAAGAAAGAUCAACCGAGACCCAAAUCUCUGAGGUUAGAUCAGUUGCAUAAACGGCAUGCGUUGGACCUAGCCCAAUUCGUUGGGCUGGAGAGAUUGUAUCUUGUCAAUGCAAGAUACAAACCGAGCGGACCCAGCACUACUAUCGCAGACUGCAACGUCCAAGGCCCCAGCAACGGCAAUGGCACCUCAGAUUCCGCUCCCACCUCAGCUGAGCAGUCGCCUCGAAGCGGCAGUGGAAUUGCCUCCGCCAGGAAUACGCCAACGAGCUCAGCCUCACAUUCAGCCACAAUCUCCUUAAGAGAUCUUUAUAUCACUAACAUCUGCACCAUCUGCGGCCCUACGCUUCAACACCUAAUUCUACCCUCCCGCUGGCCCUUGCCGACAUCCAUCACCGCCCGCCUUAUCCGCUCGUGCCCGAAUCUUACACAGCUCGCCGCCGCAAUUGAAUGUCUUGAGGAGUCUCAGGCUGAGAUGUUGAAGCUAUUGAUGCCAUUUUUAAGCGAGUUGUGGGCGAUCCGUGUGCUCGCUCCCACCUACCCGCCGGAUGUCUUUCUCGGGGAGGAUGGCAGGAAAAGCAGAGAGGCGCAUGAGGGUUUUGUGGGUCUUCCGGAUUCUGUACAUGAGCAGAAGAUGAGCGAGGCUCUGUCCGAGCACAUUGGCCCAGGGCGAGCCGAGCUGCCGGAUUUUCCAAAAUUGAAGUAUAUUGGGCUAGGAUGCAAGGUUUGGGAAAUCGGAGGAGUUGUGGAGGAGGUCGUCAGAAGGAGAGUCGAUGACGGAGAGGAUGUUCGAAAAGCCGCUAGUAAUGGGUACCAUGGUGAGAGAGACGAGUGGAAGGAAGAAACCGUGCAUAGGCGGCGAGUGAAGAGAAUCCAGGAGAAGGAUGUACAACAUGUUGAGAUAUGGAGGAUGGAUACGUUGGAUAUCACUUGA